GACAUCAGAGCAAGAUGGCUGCGCCCUGAAGACUUUUCUCUUAUAGCCUGAGUGUUUGCGCCUUGCUAGUGUUAGGGUCAGAGUCACACAGAUUCUGCCUUCCUCCAACCAUGUUCUCCCUCCGCGGUUGUGGCCGCUCGGUCGCGGCUUCCCUAGCCAAACAGCACCUUCCCUUGGCCCGAUUUAGUGCUGAUAGCGCGGCUCCCCGUAGUCCGCACUUCGACGUGGUGGUCAUCGGCGGGGGACACGCCGGGAGCGAAGCAGCCGCCGCUGCGGCUCGGUGCGGCUCGCGGACCUUGCUACUCACGCACCGCGUGGACACGAUCGGUCAGAUGUCCUGUAAUCCUUCCUUUGGUGGCAUUGGAAAGGGGCAUUUAAUGAGGGAAAUAGAUGCCUUGGAUGGCCUGUGUUCUCGAAUCUGUGACCAGUCUGGUGUACAUUACAAAGUGUUAAACCGGCGUAAAGGACCAGCUGUUUGGGGUCUGAGAGCUCAAAUUGAUAGGAAACUCUACAAGCAGAAUAUGCAGAAAGAAAUCCUAAAUACCCCACUGCUUACUGUUCAGGAGGGAGCUGUAGAAGAUCUUAUUCUUACAGAACCAGAACCAGAGCACACAGGAAAAUGUCGUGUCAGUGGUGUUGUUUUGGUGGAUGGAAGCACAAUAUAUGCUGAAAGUGUGAUUCUGACUGCUGGGACCUUUCUGAGAGGUGUGAUUUUAAUUGGACUGGAGGUGCAUCCAGCCGGACGUUUAGGAGAUCAGCCUUCCAUAGGAUUAGCUGAGACUCUGGAGAAAUUGGGGUUUGUUGUGGGAAGAUUGAAGACUGGGACUCCCCCCCGAAUUGCCAAAGAGUCCAUUAAUUUCAGCAUUCUAAACAAGCAGAUACCAGAUAACCCAUCUGUACCAUUCAGCUUUAUCAAUGAAACCGUGUGGAUUAAGCCAGAAGAUCAGCUUCCAUGUUAUUUGACUCAUACCAACCCUAGAGUGGAUGAGAUUGUCCUUGAGAACCUUCACCUUAAUAGUCAUGUUAAAGAAACUACAAGAGGACCCCGAUACUGCCCCUCCAUUGAAUCAAAGGUUUUACGUUUUCCAAACCGUUCACAUCAGGUUUGGUUGGAACCUGAAGGAAUGGAUUCUGAUCUCAUCUACCCCCAGGGGUUAUCUGUGACACUGCCAGCUGAGUUACAAGAGAAAAUGAUCACAUGCAUCAGAGGCUUGGAGAAAGCUAAAAUGAUUCAGCCAGGUUAUGGUGUUCAGUAUGAUUACUUGGACCCUCGUCAGAUCACUCCUUCUCUUGAGACUCGUUUGGUACAACGGCUCUUCUUUGCUGGGCAGAUAAAUGGCACUACUGGCUAUGAGGAAGCUGCAGCUCAAGGUGUGAUAGCUGGAAUCAAUGCAAGUCUCCGGGUCAGAUGCAAGCCUCCUUUUGUCAUUAGCCGAACAGAAGGCUACAUAGGAGUUUUAAUUGAUGACCUCACCACCCUGGGUACCAACGAACCAUACCGCAUGUUUACCAGCCGAGCAGAAUUCCGUUUAUCACUGCGCCCUGAUAAUGCUGAUAGCAGGCUCACUUUUCGAGGAUACAAGGAAGCUGGCUGUGUUUCCCAACAACGAUAUCAAAGAGCUACUUGGAUGAAAUCUUCUUUAGAGGAAGGCAUUUCUGUGCUAAAAUCCAUUGAGUUUUCAAGUUAUAAAUGGAAACAAUUAAUCCCAGAGGCUUCCAUAAGUACUGGCAAAAGUCUUCCUCUCAGAGCUCUAGAUGUUCUGAAGUAUGAGGAAGUUGACAUGGAAUUGUUGGCCAAGGCUGUUCCAGAAACCUUGAAGAAGUACACUAAAAGUAGAGAGCUAGCUGAAAGAUUGAAAAUAGAAGCUACUUACGAAUCGGUGGUGUUUCAUCAGCAACAAGAAAUAAAGGAAGUUCAACGAGAUGAAGCCCUCCAACUGCCAGAAGACCUAGAUUAUUUAACUCUUAGGGAUGUGUCUUUGUCCUGUGAAGUUAGAGAGAAGCUACAUUUCAGUCGCCCUCAGACGAUUGGGGCUGCUAGUCGUAUACCUGGUGUGACACCUGCUGCCAUCAUCAAUCUGCUAAGAUUUGUGAAGACCACUCAGCAAAGACAGGCAGCUAUGAAUGAAUUGACCAAACCUGAUCAAAGCUUAUGUGAUAAAGACAGAUUUGAAGAGAGACAGUUAUAGAUAUGGGAUAAGAAGUCUUUACAAUGUGCACAUAUUAAAAUAACCUUAGGUUAUUAUGGGUUUGUCAUUAAUUUAUGAAGAGGACAGAGAUUAUAAUUGUGCUGGAAAUACCAACUGAGGUGUCUAGUCUUUUUGUGUAUCUGAAAAAUUAGUUAUAAACUCAAAUUAUACUCUUAGGUGCUUUAAUUCAUGGGCCUAUUAAUAUGAUUUUGUGCUGUUCAUCAAAGAGAGAUACAGUGAACACAAAUUAAAAGUCUUAUCUUUCCAUCUAUUUUGAAAAGUAGUCUUGUGCUCGGUUAUGUUAGCUUAGGAAGGAAUUUCAAGCAGUACAAAUUCUUUUUUUUUUUUUCACUUAUUUAUGCAUACAAGAGCUGGGGUGUAGGCCAGAGGUACUUGGAGGGGGGUGGUGAGAGGAUUCACCAGAGACAGAGUAGGGAGCAGAACAAGCAGAUUGACAGAAAUACACUGCUGAGGGGAGAAGUGGGCAAGACAGGAGAGGUCUGCUGCACCAUGUGGGUUAGCUCCCUGGCUGGGGAUCAAACUCUUGCUUCAUAGUGCUGAGACUUAAUCCCUUGCACCACCAGGGAGCCCCAGCACUUCUUUUGUUAUACAGUCACAAUGAUUAGGGUGGGAUGACCGUCUUUGACUGGCUCCUCAGACAGCUCAACCUUUCUGGAUAGAUCAGAGGAUGAAUAUAGCCAAACGUGCCAGAGAACUCUCCUUGUCCCUGAAAAUGCCAAGUCAGGUGUCUGAUAUCAGUCUAUGGAGAAGUUCCCAUGUCAACUUAAGACAGUUCCAAGGGUGCCUAAGUCACUUCGACUCGAGAUCUAUGUAUUAAGCCUGAUUAAGGGUGUAAGGCAGUCAGAUAUCUUGUAACUAUAGUCAUAUAUGGCUGCUUGAAUGGAGCUCAAUUUUCAUGAAUUUGUUUCAUAUAAUUUUAGUUUUUCCAUAAAAUAGUCAAGAUCAGUAGCAAGUAAAAAAAAAAAUCUGGAUCAUUUACCAAUGAUGAAUUCUUUUUGAUACUUGAUUUAAUUAUUUCAAAAAGUAGAAACUUCUUUUAGUUAUCAUGACUGUUUCCUGGGCAGAAUUAUCAUUACAGAGGCAGUAUGGAUUAUAGUACUAUAUUAUAUUUUUUGAAGAAGGUAUUUUGUCUUACCUAUUUAGCACUAGAUGGGAAAUACUCUUUUUAACUUUGUUUUUUCUUAGUUAAAUACACACAUAAAAGCAGUGAAUAGUGUGCUUACUGAAUACAAUAAAACAAAAAUUUAUCUUGAGAAAACAUUAAGUGCUUAAAUGCUUUAGAAGUUUCUCAACAGCUCUAAUUUGGACCUUGUGAUACUAUUCCUAUAAAGAAAUUUAAGUUUUCUAAUUGUAAUUCCAGUAGUAGCUGUCUCAUUGAAAAAUAUUUGAUGGAAAACAUGUUUAAGUUCUGCUAUUCAAAUCCAUAAUUUACAAUAUGUUAGCUUAUACAAAGUUAUCUCACUUAAAAGAAUAUUUUCAAAACUUACUACAGACUAUGAUGCCCUAGGGAAAAAGCAAUUGAAAAUGGGGCCUCCCUGGUGGCGCAAGGGUUAAAGUCUCAGUGCUAUCAAGCUGUCACCAGCCACUGUUGCCUGAGUUUGAUCCCCAGCCAGGGAACUAACCCACAUGGCACUGCAGAACUCUCCUGUCUUGCCCACUGCUCUCCUCAGCAGUGUAUUUCAGUAGAUCCACCUGUUAUACUUCCCACUUCUGUCUCUGGUAAAAUCCUCUUACCCCCACCCCACCCCUCAUCUCUGGCCUAUACACAACAAGUUCUUGUAUGCAUAAAUAAAUAAAAAUAAAUCUUAAAAAAAAAAAAAAGGUAACUGAAAAUACAGCCUUACCCUGUCUAGUUACUUCAUUGAAAUUCCCCAACGGUGACAAUAGUCGCCAAUAGAAGCUGGAAUGAAUUUGUAAUUCCUCCACCUCUUACAGAUCACACUGCCUAGAAGUUAGAAAAACUAGGUACCAAAGUUCAUUUCAACGGGAACACCGAAACAGAAAGAAGGAGACAACUAAAAUACCAUACAUCUGUAAAAUGGUUGCUGGUUUGGGGAGGUAGGGAAGAUGCAGAAACAGAUGUAUGCUAAUUUAAACCAUCAUGGCCUUGAAUUACUUAUAGCCAAAAAUUUGGAUUUUAUUACUGAUUGCUUUAAAGUAUUUUGUCAAUUUUGAGUUUUAGCCUAGGUUGGAAUAGCCAUGGUUUUUCCCACUUCGGGAAAUUUAACUCCUGGAAUGCUCUGUCCAGGAGAAAUGACCAGAAAUAGCAAGAAAGCCACCAACAGAGAGUAGGGGCUCACUCAGGUACAUAGAAGGAAUAAAUUGAACUGCUUUCCAACUCCAAGGAGAACAAGGUGCAACUUUCUUUACUUGUCCCAAAUUUAGGUUCAUUGACACCAGCUGCCUCUACCAGGCCAUGCCACCGAAGUUCAUCUUCAACAAGAUCACUUGUACCUGAUGUACACUGCUGGGGUUAAGUGCAAUAAUAUAUGUAAAACACAACUUCAUAACUUGGUGAUGAAAAUGUUUUAAAUUAGAUUGUGGUGAUGGUUGCACAAUUCUGUGAAGAUACUAAGGACCAUUGAGUUGUACAGAUAAACAGUUAUGGUAUGUGAAUUAUAUAACAAAACUUGUAUUUUAAAAAAUUAAAAGAAUCUAUGAUUGUCAAACCUUUGAGCAUAAUUCUUAAACCUGGCUGGACAUCAGAAUUCCCAAUAGAGAUUGUAAAAGUAGAUGGCCAAGUCUUAUUGCAAGCAAUUCUUGGCAUCAAUAUUUAACAAGCUCCAUAGGUUAUUAUGAUGCCCAGCCAGCUGUGAAUACCGCUGGCUUGCUUCCAUAAAUAUCCAUUGUUUUAGCUGCAUUUGGCAAAAGCUAGAUUGCAAUUAAUUUUACAGCGUGUGCUGGCUCAGGAACCUAGAAUACAAAUAAUCUAAACAGUUUAUUGAAGUACUAGAGCAGUUCAGCUGUGGAGAAAACUGAACUUAAAUUCUGUAACAGGAAUUCAAGUCUUGUUACAGUCUACCAUCCAAUGAUGAUUUUUGGAUAAGAUCAAAUUUUUCAAAUGUAAGCCCACUUGAAUGCCUGCCUAGAUAAGUAUUGACUAAAUUACACUUAAGCUUUUAUGCCAUGGAGAAGGGAUACAAUUAUUUUUAUCUAGUACCUCAUUUUGGCUGUCAUAGACCUAAGUCAACAUUUUUCAAAUUUCUGGCUGCAAUUUGAAAGUAAUGAAUUAAAUAUUUUUUUUAU